CAUGUAGGUAAACAGAGUGAAUUGACACAAGGGUGCUCUGGAGUCACACCCGGCACCGCAGUCCAUCUGGAGGACUCACACCCACAAUCCCCUGAAGGACUCACACCUACAAUCCCCUGGAGGACUCACACCCACAAUCCCCUGAAGGACUCACACCUACAAUCCCCUGGAGGACUCACACCUACAAUCCCCUGGAGGACUCACACCCACAAUCCCCUGGAGGACUCACACCUACAAUCCCCUGGAGGACUCACACCCACAAUCCCCUGGAGGACUCACACCCGCAAUCCCCUGGAGGACUCACACCCACAAUCCCCUGGAGGACUCACACCCACAAUCCCCUGGAAUGACUCACACCCACAAUCCCCUGGAGGACUCACACCCACAAUCCCCUGGAGGGCUAACACCCACAAUCCCCUGGAUGACUCACACCCACAAUCCCCUGGAGGGCUAACACCCACAAUCCCCUGGAGGACUCACACCCACAGUCCCUCUGAUGGACUUUCUUACAGUUUUGUAACUGUUGCAUGUUUAGCAGCCGGAGCUUUGGGCACGGAUUUCUCGAAGGAGGCAGCAGCCAUGUCGAGUCCGGGGGAGAGUCUAUCAUCAGAGGGCAGCAGCUCAUUGUUACCGCCCUGCCUAGGUCUGCCCGAGAGAAACAUGGGACACAGGGCCGGGGCUGCCUGGGAGAUGGAGGACACCAAGCCCUGCAUGGAGGCUCUGGAGCAUUGUGGGUUUCCAGGCCUCUACCUGUCCUGCUUCGACAUGCUCUUUACCGAGGACUCCGCCUGGCUGGUGAAGGUGUCCGAGGCCUCCCCGGGUCUGGCCUGCGCCGUGCCUGUCCCUGUACCCAGGACGGCGCACGGAGAGGAGCCAGAGCAGUGCCCCGUCAUCGACAGCCAAGCCCUGGGGCUCUCCCCGGGGCUAGAGGGCCAGGAGGAGGAGCGAUCCCUGGAGCAGGUCCAGAGCAUGGUGGUCGGAGAGGUUCUGAAGGACAUCGAGACGGCCUGCAAGCUGCUCAACAUCACCCCAGACCCCAUGGAGUGGAGCUCGGGGAACGUUCAGAAGUGGUUGCUGUGGACAGAGCAUCUGUACAGACUGCCUCAGGCUGGAAAGACCUUCCAGGAGCAGACUGGGAAAGACCUGUGUGCCAUGAGUGAAGAGGACUUCAGGCAGAGGGUCCCUCAGUGUGGAGACACUCUGCACGCCCACCUGGACAUCUGGAAGUCAGCUGCCUGGAUGAAAGAGAGGUGUUCAGUUGGAGACAGAAAAAUCACAGGCGGAGAAGAGCUGUGGUUGGAGGCAGACUCGUCGUGCUCAGGCCAGCCCAUCCACCUGUGGCAGUUCCUCAGAGAGCUGCUCCUCAAGCCACACAACUACGGACGCUGCAUCCGCUGGCUCAACAAGGAGAAAGGUAUUUUCAAAAUCGAGGACUCUGCUCAUGUGGCAAGACUCUGGGGACGGAGGAAGAACCGACCAGCGAUGAACUAUGACAAGCUGAGCCGCUCCAUUCGGCAGUAUUACAAGAAGGGCAUCAUCCGCAAGCCUGACGUCUCCCAGAGACUGGUCUACCAGUUUGUCCACCCAGUAUAAGGGGAAGGAGGAGGACAAAGGCCUACAAAGAAAGGGCCACACGAUCACACCUUGGUCUUAAACAUUACACAACCAAGCUGAAAAGGGGUAAAACACAUGCACUGGCCAAUCCCUGUCAGUACACAUACCCUUUGCCAGUACGGAAGUGUCAGCUGCCAAAGCUGGCAAAUGAAGAUUUUAUUUUUUUUAACGCAGAGAAGAAAUUUGAGACAAAAAUGUUAAGUGAUCUUUCUGGACUGCCCCCCCCUC